AACAGCAAAUAUUGCAAAAAUGAGUGAUUAUGAUGAAAGUUUUGACGAGGAUGACGAUGAUUGUGGUAUUUUGAAACAAGCACUUCAUGUGGAGUUUCCAGAAAACUUUAAUCCCAAUAAAGUGCCCCAAACCGGUGAAGAAUAUCUACAGCACGUUAUUUACGAAAGACGACAGUGUAAAACUUGGCUCACUGCAGAUAUUGACAGAAGCAAAUUUGUAAAUCAACAAACUUUGAAAUUGGAAGUGGAAAACCCAAUUAAAGGAGCUUCCUCAUUGCUUCCAUCCAAAAAAUGGCAAACACAAAAAAUUGAUGAAUUUACAAGUUUCCAAAAAUUCAUUUGGUUUAAAAUCGAAAAAGAAUCAACGGUGUCAUCAUUUAACGAAGAACAUUUUUUGGAGAAAGUUCAAUCAGAGGAUCCUCAAUUUUCGGAGCUUACAGCCUACACUCAAGCCGCAAAAAUAAGGAUGUUUCAAAUAAUUUCAAAACAUGUAAGUUCAAUACCCAAGGGGGAGAGUAUAGGAAAGAAAACUGGAGCUUGGAUUUAUGCAAUUUUGACACUCUUAGAAAAACCCUUAAGCCCUGAUUCAUGCUACACUUUGCGUGAGUUCGCCAAAAGGUGUUUAGCUGUAAGAGCCAACUUGGAUGAACCUGCAAGUGAGGAGUUGUAUAAGCCGUUAAAUUUAUUCAUUUGUAUAAUAGCCAGGUUUUAUAAUCAACUAGAUUUAGCUGACCCUUUCUGAUUAAAAACAAAAAAAAAUG